GGACAGGAAGGGCGAGUCCGGUGGUUCCGUUAUCUUGCCAUCAAGGUAGUCGCGAUGGGGAGCCUCGUGGAGGAGAAUAAGGCGACGACCGGUGCCCGGCAGCGGCCGCGGUUCCUCUGCCUCCACGGAUUCCGCACCAGCGGCGAGAUUAUGCGGACGCAGGUGGUGGGCAAGUGGCCGGAUCACGUCACCGCCCGCCUCGACCUCUUCUUCGCCGACGCCCCCUUCCCGGCGGAGGGCAAGUCAGACGUUGAGGGAAUAUUCCCUCCCCCCUAUUACGAGUGGUUCCAGUUCGACAGGAAAUUCCUGGAGUACAGGAACUUCGACGAGUGCCUGGCGUACAUCGAGGAAUUGAUGAUCAAACACGGGCCGUUCGAUGGUCUGAUGGGCUUCUCUCAGGGGGCGAUUCUUUCUGCCGCGUUGCCGGGUCUACAAGCGAGGGGGUUGGCGUUGACGAGGGUACCGAAAGUGAAGUGCGUGGUAAUAAUCGGAGGGGCGAAGUUCCAGUCACCGGCGGUGGCGGAGAAGGCGUACGUGUCCAAGAUCGAGUGCCCCUCGCUCCACUUUAUAGGGGAGAUGGAUUUCUUAAAAACACCUGGUGAAACACUGCUGGAGUCAUUUGUGGAUCCGCUCGUCAUCCGCCACCCCAAGGGCCACACUGUCCCCAGGCUUGAUGAUAAAAGUUUGGAGAUGAUGCUAGACUUUCUGCAGAAGAUUGAAAAUGAUUUGUCUACAGGCACAAAAUUGAACAAUAAGCAUAACGAAGAUGGUUUGAUUGAUUAGGAUCACAUACUAUCUAAUAUUUCGUCAUAUAGCAUUGUGAGUUUAUUCGCGAAAUUUUUAUUACAUCUGCCAGCAAGUGUAGCAUAGCUGGAGCAUGCUCAAUGCAUGUGAUAGGAGAAUGUGUUGAGUUCCUCUAUGUUUAGAGGUGCUCCAAAGAUCAGAUUAUAUUGAAAUAUUGUUUGGAUUAUCAAUCAAAAUUAAAUAUUAAUUUGGAUUGUGAUUUUUUUGAUUUAAA